UGUAUUUGGAUCAGAUUGAACUUUAUCAAUGGGCUUCCGAGCGAUCUAAUAAAUAAUUUCGAUUCUACAAGUCUAGCCCCUAUAGUAGUCUUCCUUCAAUAAACGCAGACCAGAAUCGAAAGUCCGGAGCGAGAAUCUGACAAUGGCUGACGUUCAGAGGAGAGGAGGUGGUGGAGGAGGAGGAAGGCCGUUUCCGCCGUCAAGGGGCCCCCUUCCAGGGCCGCCGCCUACUAAGUCCGGCCCACGCUUCGAACCCGUCGAUCGCGAGAAGAUUUGUCCGUUGCUGCUUCGUGUAUUUACUAAGGUUGGAGAGCAUCACAACUCAUCAGAGUUUGCUGUAAGAGGGAAGGAACCGAAGGAUGAAGUGCAAAUAUACACAUGGAUGGAUGCAACUUUGCGGGAAUUAACUGACCUGGUAAAAGAGGUAGCUCCUGAGGCAAGAAGAAGAGAUGCAGUUCUGUCAUUUGCGUUUGUGUAUCCUGAUUCACGUGGUCGCAUGGUGGUUAGAGAGGUCUUUCAUCUUGUUUUCCUUUAUUCUUCAUAUCUCAGUGGAUUACAAAUUGACAAGUUUGUUCUUGUACUUUAAUGUUCUGAACAUUCAUCCUUAGCUGGUCUUUUGCAGCUGUGCAUUGUAUUUGUUCUUUGGUUGAUCAUGUCUGUAUCAAGUUGAAAUUGUCCAUUGCUGAAAACUUAAAGAGUUGUUCACUGAAGCUCAUGUUGUAGUUAUCUCAAUUAUUACCUAUUACAAUAAUUAGGUGCAUAUCUUUAGAACUCUUUUUUACUAAGCAUCAUCAAGAAUAAUUAUGUUUUCUCAAGUCUUUUGGAAGAAGACCGACCUUACUUUUUUAGCUUUUCGUUUUUCUCUGAAACUCUUUAGGUGUAAAUAUGUUAAGUAUUAUUGCUUCAGUGUGAAAGCCCAAAGUUAGCUGGAAAAAUCUGUGACUAUUUCUACCUAUUGAAUUGUUUGUUGCGCAACCUAUAAGUUUCUCGGCUUGUUAAUGAUGUAUCUGCUAAAAUAUGUCUGUGUUCUGAUACUGGAUUAUAAUCUAUUUCCCUAUCAGGUUGGCAAGACCUUUUCAAACCCAAACAUCAGGAGACCGGACAAUGGCAGUAUGGCUUUGGGUGAACUUAACUUUCGGGUAAGUUGCUCUGCUUGUUCUUCUUCCUGCGUCUCUUACAUUAGUCAACUCAUUUAUCUCCCUUUUGUGCAGAUAGGAGAUUAUUUGGACGUGGCGAUACUUCUGCAGUAGUUCAUUUGGCGAGCUAAUUUCCAAAGAGAACUCUUUGUAACGAAGGAUAUGUAAGAUUUUCACUAUUAGAUAUAGUAUAUGUGCGAGAGAAGUAGGGGGCAACAUAUGCUUAUUUUGGGCCAUGAAAGGAAGAUACUUUCCUUUUAAGUUUCUUAAAUGUGCCAAAGAAGUUGUCCACAAGACUAUUUGAUGGGUUUUCCUGUGUUUCUAAUCGUUGCCUUGGUGAUGAUGAUGCAUUAACACCAUGAAAUGUUGAAACUGUCUUUUGGCUUCUUUCUUCUUUUUUUUUUUUGAAACUUUUUUUGCUUUUGUUAUUUCGAGUUUGGAAAAGGUUGUAAAAUUAAGAAGCAAAGAUUGGUUUAUGGUGGAGUUGGUAUGUCGCCAAUCAAUCAUCAACACUGCAACAUUGGCUUCUAAGUUUUGGAUGACACUAUUUAUUAUAGACUCAUUUUAAACAAGUUAUAUAGUCUGAAUUUUCAUUUUUAAUUUAAAU